GACACAGCCACCUCCCUCACUUGAAUCUCUGUUUCAUUCUUCAUCGGUUACGGGCACACAGCAGCGGUAGUCUCAGCACACUCUGUCAUCGUCGACAGCAACAAUGGCCGACCGAGUUUAUCCUCGUGAUGACUCACCACCACAGACUACCGAGCUCAAGCAGCCUCCGCCGCCACCCCAGGAAGAGGAUGAUCAAGCACAUCACCCACAGUCACCGAAGAAACUUGCCGGACCUCAGUCAGAGAAACCGGGCCAACCACCACCAGGAACUUACGUCAUCCAGAUCCCUAAAGACCAAGUCUAUCGAGUUCCGCCACCAGAAAAUGCUCAACGCUUCGAACGUCUCUCCCGCCGUAAGCCCCGCCGUAGCCAUUGCUGCUGUUGUCUCUGCUGGUUCCUCUCAUUCCUCGCUGCCUUCCUCUUCCUCGUCGGCCUCGCUGCAGCUAUCCUCUACCUCGUUUUCCGACCCGAGUCGCCGGAUUAUUCAAUCGAGCGUGUCUCCAUUUCGGGGUUAAAUCUGACGUCAUCAGGACCGAUCUCUCCGGAGUUUAACGUUACUGUGAGAGCUAAUAACCGUAACAAUAAAAUUGGAAUUUAUUACGAAAAAGGAAGUUCCGUUAAUGUUUAUAACGACGGCGUUAAAAUGGCUGCGGGAUCGUUGCCUGUUUUCUACCAAGAGAAAAACAAUGUGACGGUGUUUGUAACGUCGUUAAAGGGAUCAGCUAUUGAGUUAACGAGUGGUGUUCGUACGGCUUUAGUCGACGGGGUUAGUAAAGGAACUGUGCCGUUUAAUCUGGUUUUGAGGGCUCCGGUCAAGUUUAAGGUUGGGUCUGUUAAGACAUGGAAGAUUACCGUCAAAGUUGACUGUGAUUUGACGGUGGAUAAAUUAACGGCUUCUGCGAAGAUUGGGUCUAAAAGUUGUGAUUAUGGUGUGGAUUUGUGGUAGUUUAGAGGUAGUGCAUCUGGGAUCAUUUUUUUCCCUUUUUUAUAUAUUAAUUAAUUUUUUUUUUAAUGAGAUUGUGGUUCUAGUAAUAGUGGUAGAAAUAUUAC